AUGGGUCAGGAUCAGUCUCGUCAGGAAAAAUUUUUCGACGCCUGCAGCUAUGGCCGUGAAUGGUUGGUUAAAGAAAUGAUAUCAGAAGGAAUUGAUGUCAACUGGAAAUCAAAUAUCCAUGACUGUUGCCCAUUACACGCGGCUUCUCAGGGCAAACCAGAAAUCGUUCGGUUAUUAAUUCAGGCACAAUGCGCUGUUGAUGCUAGGGAUAUUAAUGGAAACACAGCUCUGCAUCAUGCCUCAAUGUCUGGUCAUCUUGAGUGUGUUAAGAUCCUUUUAGAUGCUGGUGCGUCUGUCAAUGUAUCUAAUAACCAAUUUUGGACACCACUUACUAACGCGUGCUACUGGAAUCAACCAGAAGUAGUUAAGCUUCUUCUCGAAAAAGGUGCUGAUCCUUUUUGGAAAAAUAAGGAUGGUCGCAACGUUCUUCACGAACUGUGUCGCAGUAAAUCGGAGAAAAAAGACGAUUUAGUGACUUGCCUUCGUCUUCUUGUCGGUCGAAUGCACGAGUUGGAGAAAAUGGUCUUAGAUUUCGAUGAAUUGAAGCAAAAUGGUCAUUCAACACCCACUGAGGGUGCUCCAGAAGAGACUACAAAAUCCCAGCACAGAGAGGUGAUGAUGCUCACCGAUUGGAUUCCCCUUAAACCCGAAGAUUCUUCCCUAGAAUUGCGCUCUUCUCCUCAAAAUUCCUGGGACUCUGAGGUAAAUCAAUCAACAUUUCUCAUCUUAAUUGGGCUUUAUUAUUUUCGACAUCUCUCUGUUGCUAAUAUGGCGAAAGUGUAUUUGAAUGAAUACUAG